AGGGGGAGACACAUGAGAAGAGGACGUAUUUUACACUUCCCACAUCCUGUCAGCGAAGAAGAACAAGUGGUCUACACGUGUGUCUGCAGUUCUGUGGUUAUAUUUCAACAUUUGUGAUAAAUUAAGAUUUGUGGACAUUUGUUUAGAACUAAAACAAGUAAAAUGCCGAAGGUACGAGCGGAGAAGAAGAGCAGGCAGCACCAGGAGGUCAAAAACCAAGGGAUCAUGUUCAACACUGGUAUUGGCCAGCACAUCUUGAAGAAUCCAUUAGUUGUCAACGCGAUCAUUGACAAGGCUGCUCUGAGGCCGACAGAUGUGGCUCUGGAGGUUGGACCUGGUACUGGUAACAUGACAGUGAAACUGCUGGAAAAAGUCAAAAAGGUGGUGGCCUGUGAGCUGGACUGCAGAUUAGUGGCUGAACUUCAGAAAAGAGUGCAGUGCACACCCAUGCAGACUAAACUCCAAAUAUUAGUUGGAGAUGUUCUUAAAACAGAUCUGCCGUUCUUCGAUGUCUGUGUGGCUAACCUCCCAUAUCAGAUUUCUUCACCAUUUGUCUUCAAGCUUCUGCUGCAUCGACCUUUCUUCAGGUGUGCCGUGUUGAUGUUCCAGAGAGAGUUUGCCAUGCGCCUCGUCGCCAAGCCUGGAGACAAGCUGUUCUGCAGGCUGUCCAUCAACACACAACUACUAGCUCGUGUAGACCACCUCAUGAAGGUUGGAAAAAAUAACUUCCGUCCUCCACCAAAAGUGGAGUCCAGUGUUGUCAGGAUAGAACCAAAAAACCCUCCUCCUCCAGUGAACUUCCAGGAGUGGGACGGUCUGGUCAGAAUAGCUUUUGUAAGGAAAAACAAAACUCUGAAUGCAGCCUUCAAAUCCACUGCAGUAGAGCAGCUGCUGGAGAAGAACUACAGAAUCCACUGCUCUGUACACAAUGUGGAGGUGCCGGCAGACUUUAACAUCACCAAGAAGAUAGAGAGCGUUUUGCAGGAAGUUGAUUUCAGUGAGAAGAGAGCCAGGUCCAUGGACAUUGAUGACUUCAUGGUCCUGCUUCAUGCAUUCAACUCUGCAGGGAUCCACUUCUCUUAGAGGGGAAACUAAGGAGAUCCUACGACUCUAAUGUUCUGCCUUUAUGAUAACAGACAAGAAGCAUGUAGGGAAAAACUAGACUUUUCUGAGCCAUCGAGUCUUUCAGGUGUCAAAAUGGUGAUAUGGAAUGAAAAAAGACAGUUUGAGGAUACAUUUUGAGCUCACAUUGAGUUCCUGUCCUCAUGAGUACACACACAGUCACCCUCAGCAUACCUAACAAGCUGUAAAAGUAAAGAACAGUUGGUGUGUGAGAGUUUGUCAUUCAUUAAAGAUGGAAAUAACAGGUAAUGUGAUAUUUUAAUAUAAAUGUGGAUAUAAAUGCUCCUUGUGAAAAAGACAAAAUACACAACAACAGUUUUUGAUUAAUGAGUGUAAUCUCUUCAAAUAAAACUAGAUGUCCACAGGUUUUUCCAA